AUGGCUACAGUUGCUGCAAAUGGUGCUGCCAUCAGUAUCAACCCACUUGAUUCGGCAUUAUCGAGUCUCUCGAUUCCAUCUGGUGUUCCAACUGGUGUUCCAACUGGUGUUCCAACUGGUGUUCCAACUGGUGUUCCAACUGGUGUUCCAUCUGGCGCUCCAUCAGGUAUUCCAUCAGGUAUUCCAUCAGGUAUUCCUUCUGAUGCUCCACAUAGCUACAUACAACCAACUAAGACAGGUGGUUUCUUUGGAGGUCUUUUCAAACGCAAUGAGAAUGAAGAAGGUCCGGUAGCUCCAACCGGCGCACCAUCAGGUGUUCCACCUAUUCAAUCAGAUGCCCAAUCAGGUAUUCCAUCAGGUAUUCCAUCGGAUGUUCCAUCGAGUGCUCCAACGGGUGCUCCAUCGGGUGCUCCAUCGGGUUUCCAUGGUUUCCAUAAUAAUGAGAAGCGUGGUCCACAACAAGAAGCCCCAUCAGGUGCUCCAUCAGGUUCUAUUCCAUCUGGUGCUAUUCCAUCUGGUGCUAUUCCAUCUGGUGCUCCAUCCGGUGUUCCUCCUAUUCCAUCUGGAGCCCAAUCAGGAGUCCCACCUAUUCCUUCUGGCGCUUCAUCAGUUGCACCAUCUGGGUUCAAUCAUAAUGAGAAGCGUGGUCAACAACAAGGAGCCCCAUCAGGUGCUCCAUCCGGUGUUCCUCCUAUUCCAUCAGGUGCUCCAUCCGGUGUUCCUCCUAUUCCAUCAGGUGCUCCAUCCGGUGCUCCUCCUAUUCCAUCAGGUGCUCCAUCCGGUGUUCCUCCUAUUCCUUCUGGAGCCCAAUCAGGAGUCCCACCUAUUCCUUCUGGUGCUUCAUCAGUUGCACCAUCUGGGUUCAAUCAUAAUGAGAAGCGUGGUCAACAACAAGGAGCCCCAUCAGGUGCUCCAUCAGGCGUCCCACCUAUUCCAUCUGGUUCUAUUCCAUCUGGUGCUAUUCCAUCUGGUGUUCCUCCAAUUCCAUCUGGUGCCCAAUCUGGUGUUCCACCUAUCCCAUCUAGUGCUUCUGGUAAGAACGAGACCCAAAAUGAUGGCCAUAAUGGAUGGAAACAAAAUCAUCAGUCUGUCAGAGUCUAG